AUGAAAGGGACACAGAUCAUACUUCUACUGGUACUGGCCAUUUACUCUGUUUCUAGCCAGAGAUGUCGUCCGGGAUGGGAACAGUACGGCCAGUCAUGUUAUUCUUUUGGCGACGAAACAGUCACCUGGAUCGACGCUAUGCAAUACUGCCAGUUGGAUGAAGCACAUCUGGUACACAUUAAUGAGCCAAAGGAGUACGAAUUCCUUGUCAAUUCAAUGAAAGGCAGGCGAAUCACAGUUGCCUGGACUGGCGGAUCCGAGAGACUCCACCGAGGUUCCUGGGAAUGGCUUCCGAAUGGAGGACUUUUCGGAAAAUAUGAAAAAUGGUUCGGAACUGAGCCGGCAGGCCCAGAUGAAGACUGUUUGGCCAUAGACCAGGGACACAGCUACCAGUGGAUGGACAUGUCUUGUACACUGUCUUACAGGUACAUCUGUGAGAUGAAAAUUCCUGACGAAACAGAGUGA